GUUUGCUAGUUGUGAUACUCAUGCUAAAGUUUCUGGAGUUGGUGUAUUUGUUAAUUGUAAUGUUGGUGCUAGUGCUUUUGAACUUGGCAAUAUUGAUAUUGGAAUUAUUAAUGUAUUUGUUAAUUGUAAUUUUGGUACUAGUACUUCUAAACUUGGAGAGUUUGUUAGUUGCAAUAUUGGUGUUAGAAUUAUUGGGCUUGAUAAUACUAAUUGUGAUAUUGGUAUUUUGGUUUUUUGA